UUACCACUUGCCGCACACACUUGAUUCGUCUCACAUUCUCAUUUGAGAGCUCUGAAUCACAUUCGAUUCGCUCAAUUAACGAGUUAAAAAUCGUAUUAAAAUCGUGAAUUGAAUUUUGAAGAUUUGAAUGAUGACAUUCCAUGUCACUUUUAUUUGAUUUGUGUGACGAUGCAUUGAAAUUUUCGAACAAUCAGUGAUCGGUGAAAAGGCCAUUGAAAAUUGAAAACUUAAAGCAGACAAAACAAAAGACAAAUAUCAAAUCAAAUGAAACAGACUAAUGCUGGGUGCGUGAGUGUGUGUUUGAGUGCAAAUCGAAAUGGUUUUAUUAAAACAAGAAAUAGAAAGUUGUGUUUGAAUUCUCAAGUUUUCGUACUAAUCAAAUAAGUCGCAGAAACUAUCGUGCUGCAAGCAAAGUUGUUAUGUUUGCACCAAACAACAAUAACUUAAAUUUCAGAGACGACACAACGUGUGUAUAUAUAUGUUUCAUCCAAAUUCAAUAAAAUUUUUCAACUGAACACAAAACGUAUGGAAACAAAACUACAGUCAACAUUCCACAUUGCGAUGCUUGUCUAAUGGAAUUCGUGCUUUCGAUGGAUCUACCAGCCAUACCGCGGUGGUUUCUUUUUUUUUCUCUCACUCGAUCAGACAUUCAACCACUCUCUUUUUAGUUCGUUUUAUUUUUUUACGUUAUCGCAUGCAUCGGAGAUGAAAAAAAAACCAUGUGAAAUGUUUGCAAUGUGUGCGCGAGCGCUAAAAUCCGUUGAUUUAGCUGAAAAUAAAUAGAAUGUUUGUCGUAUUUCAUCUCGUGUCGAAAUCAGCAUCAACCGCAUUAUUCGCACCAGAGAAAAGUCAAAGACAGAGAGCGACAGUGAGUGAAUGAACGAGACAGUGAGAACCGAAAAAAGUUUUAUGAAAAUCUAUUUUAUCGAAUAAAGCUAGCGAAUAAAUAUUGGACAAAAAUUACUGUACACCUAACACGCAAACAUUCACAUUCUGUUUGCACCGUUAUUCAGCAGUGCUGGCGCGCUUUUAUCGUUUAGCGACACGCUUUGAUCUCUCACACAUACUGGCUUUUUAUUCGUUUCGAUUUUGGCACGAAAAAAACACAUAAUUAUUGAAUUCAUGUGUAACAUAGUAUAAGUCCAUUCGCAGCACAUCGAUCUUUUGGAGAAUUUAACAACAACAAGAAAAUGAUGGAAAGAAAAACGAGUGACCAGAUUAAAAUGGUGAUGAAUUCGCACUUCGAUUUUGAUUGAAAAACUACUGAAGUGAGCGUGACAUGUGAAAUGAACGCGACAAACCUAAUGCACAUUUGCCAUCAAUGAAUGGAUCGUUCGAUUAUUAUAUUUGCUAGUGUGCAGAGCCCAAAGGAAAAAAACCAAACAAAUUAAUAAACAUUCAAAAUUAAUGCAUCAACAGGCAAACGAAACAAAACCAGCAUAUUGGAUUCAUAGAGUGCAACAAACAACAUCGUUUUGAUAGAAUAAAUAAAUUGAAAAACACUCGAACCGAAAUUCAAAGUCGACGAAGAAAUUAAAUGAAGAUUCGCAUCGACAUGUAAGGUGCCACAAAAAAAGAAGUGAAUGGAAAAAAGUUCCAUCGAAAUUCAGUGAAAAGUAAUAUAAUUAUUUCGCUAAAAAAGAAUCUAUAACGAAGAAUAGUCUCGAUAAAAAAUACAGUUGAAUUGAAAUAGUGUGUGCGUGUAAUAUUUUUGUUGGUGUUUUCGUCGUCUCGCGACUUUUCACAAUGUUUAGAAAAAUCCAAUUGAUGUUAUAUGUUUUCAUCCUAACGCUACUGAUGGUGUUGCUGUCAUCAAUGCCAAUGGCCGCAGCACAAUUGGCCUGGUCAUCGAUAAUUGUGGAUUCAGAGAGUCAAGUUGAUUUAUGGACGAAGAAAACGAGUGGUUGUGCCUGCGAAUGGGAGAAUAAUGCACAUGCAAGUAGUACGCAUUUGAUGACCAAUGCGUCACACAUUGAUGUGAAUGCAGUAAAUGCGUCCUCACACCCAAUACCUGCAUCGUUGUCCAGCCACAAUUGUGCCUGCUGUGUCAAAGGCGGAUGCCAGUGUGGUUCCAGUUCACCAGCAAGAUGCGGACAGUGUGGCUUAGAACAAUACUGUGUCAACAUGUGUAACAUAACGAUUGAUUCGCGUGCUUUACAAAAUACAUCGGGCUGUGCAUUUGGCCAAAUCAAGUCGCCAACUGUCCAAGGACCAACAGUGUGUAAAUAUUUGUUGCGACCAGCGCCUGGACAACGUGUCGAAUUGCAAGUGUAUCGUUUAGUUGAGACGGGACGGUUCAAUGGCAAACAAUGCGAAGGUGGAUCAUUACGUUUUGGAAUGGAUAACAAUUUACUGCCACGAUCGGUUGAUAUUGAUUCAUUGAGUUCGCCGAGUGCUGAAUUGUGCGGUUCAAAUGAACGAUAUUCACCGCCAGCCGUUCUCUUUUCGGACGAAGGAGCGACAACGUUGAUAUUCAACAUCACUGAACAGACAAGUCGUUCGCAAUUCUUGGCCUAUUUCAGUUUUACAGCACUGAGCAAUCCACUGGUUGGCUUUCAUCCCAAAGGUGGAACACGUGUUACAUCGACCGAAUGCGAUUGGACAUACAAUGAUUAUGCAUGUCAGGACAAUUCGUGCGCUAUCGCAAGCCCCGGUUUUCCCGGUAUCUUUCCACCAAAUAUCAUUUGUCGAUACCUUAUAGCCACUUCAUCGGCUCAUACGCGCGUAAAAAUCACAUUCACAUCACUAUUGCUGCCUGAAAGGCAUUGCGAUACGCACUACAUUGCAUUGUAUGAUGGCACCGUACCGAAUGAUAAGAAAUUAGCAACAAUUUGCGGUUCAAAAAAACAGGAAUUGUCUUUUCAAGGACCGAAUUUAUUGCUUGAAUUCAAUGCUGGCUAUCAAGUUCCGCCAUUUGAUUACAAUGGAUUUGCAGCCAAUUUGGAAUUUAUUGAAGGGCAUGGUACAACAGUGGCACCACACACAAUUGCACCACCGACCCGCAAUCACAGUGGAAGUCAUCAUAGACAUGCUGCUGCCGCUGCUGCGGCCGCUGCUGCUGGUGCUUCUGCUCCGGGCGUAGCACCACCGCAGCCACCACCACCAGCAUUGACUGAAAUUGAUUGGACACCAGCACCACCAAAAUUUUCAGCAUGUGAUAAAAUCAUAAUCGAAGCAAACGGACGAUCAGGCCAUUUUGAUACACGUGGACGACCAUUUGCUCCGAAUUGUCGUUUAAUUUUUAAAGGACGUCCCACUGAUGUUGUUCACAUUUCACUUUUUAACUAUCGAUUGAAAGCACAAUCGUGCCGAUCAGUCAUCGAAAUUAUAGACGGUACUUUGGAAUCACCACCGGCCAGUGUAAAUAAUCAAAAGAAAUCAUUACAUAAAAUGUGCUCACCAGUCAUACGACAUGCUCGCGAUCAAAGUGGUAAUUUUGUACCACCACAAACAUUCUCCUCGACUGGUUCACAAAUUAUGAUUGCACUAAGACGAUUCCAUGGCUCCGGUGGCGCUUCAUCCAACUACGAUCACAACGAUGAAUUCAUUGAUGGAGCUUACAUGUUUCAUGAUGAAGAGCAAAGUGGAACGCUUCAACCGUCAUCGAUGUGCGACACAGACCGUUAUGGAAUGAGCAGUCCAGCAUUUGGUACAAUAAAUGGACCUGGUUCGGAGCAUGUUUUUUGGAAUGUUGAAGGCGUUCUCACGUGCACACAUAACUUUGUACCAGCUGCCAAUCAGAGUGUAACCGUAUCGAUUGAUUCAUUGGAGCGUUUGGGAUCCGAGCCACACUGUGAAACGGUAUGCGGUGAUGCUGGCUGUCAAUGUUUGACUAAUAUGUAUCCAUUAGAUCAAGUGGAUCAUUUAACAAUGAUAUCGGAAGAUAGUUUAUCGAUUAACUGUUUUUGUGGUGCAUUUCGUUCGGAGUGGUUGCCAGUUUCGUUGCGUACAUGGUCACCAUUAAAAUUGGUUUAUUCAAUACCUCACUAUUCAUGGAGUGCAAAAGGAUUUUCAUUUAAAUCGUCGUAUAGCUUUAACACCGAUGGACUUUGCGGUACCAAAACAUUUACAACGCAUUCAGGUGAACUGUCGUCCAACAACUUUUCGAACAAUUCGUCGACGGUAUUUUCGUUGAAUUCAUUUUACCAUCAGCAUUGCACUUGGAUUCUGGACUCAAAAGUUGAUCGUCAAUUAUUCAUUGAGAUUCUAUCGGAGCAAAGUCGAUCGUGUUCCGCAUGGAAUAUUUCAAUUCAUGAGUUUUCAGCGGCCGAAGAAAGUGUGGAUCAUGUUGGACCUCAGAUUCAUCUCUUUUGUCCACGAGAUAAGCACAAAGUUUUCACAAUGCCAUGGAAAUUUAGCACAGUUGUCGUUCGAGUUCAAGGAAUGACACGAACGCCGCCGGUCUACACGAUUCGAUGGUCUUCGCAAAUUUCACGGCUAAAUAAUCGUCUGGGCCCACCGACGCCAGUUCCGAAUGCAGUCAGCUCUGCAUCGCCAACAUCAAUAAAUAUGUUUAAGAAUCUUUAUUCAAAUGUAUACCAAUACGACGAUAAUAAUAAUAAUCAUUGUUUUAGCACUAGAAAUAUGAACAUUAAUAAUAAUAUUGAUGAAAUUAACAAUAACAAUAUUUAUAGUUAUCAUAACAGUAGUUACGUAAUCAGCAUAGAGAAUUGUAAUCAAUAUAAGUCAUUAACAAAUCGAUUGAAUGUUGCCGGCGAGAAGAAUGCAAUGUCAUUUAUAUCGUUGAUCAUCGGCAAUAAGCUUAGUUGUUUAUUCAUUGUUUUUUGGAUGUAUAAUUUCCUUACUGUUUAACUAUUCACACACAAUUAGCAUCGUUUUGGCAUUUUCCAUUGAAAUGCGAAUUAAGUGCCGACGACUCGUGAAGUUGAUUUGGCACACAUUGAAAAGGUGCACUCACACGCACACGAACACACAUACCCAUUUCACCAAAACAUUUGAUCGAAUGUAUAGAUACAUUUUAUCCCUGAUUACAUUAGAUUUAUUGGCGAAACUAUAACAUUGGCAACAAUGCCAACGAAUACAACCCACAUUCAUUGGGAAAUCAAUUCAUACUAGAGACAGAGAUUAAUAAACAAAAAAAUAUAUAAAAAAUGAAAGCAAA